AACUGACAGGGGAGAUAACAAAAACAACAAACAAGCAUGGGGAAAAUGUCUAAACCACAGAAAAGUAAAAAGCACAGGAAAAUUAAAUUUGUUGACCCAUUUUACAACGGUGAAAGAAAGCAAAUCCAUCAAAAAACUCGUCAAGAUGAGGCUCCAAAAAAUGAUGACGCGCAAGAAAUUCCCAGAAAAGUGCAAUUUUUCAUGGACAAUAAAGAAAAGUUCAAAAUGGGAAAAAGGCAAAAAUUCAAGAAAAAGAAAGCAAAAGAUACCUUCCAAAAGAUGAUCCCAGGACAGACAAGACCUCUUGAUCCACCUCCAGUAUUUAUUCAGAAGAAAAAAGAAAAGGAAAGGGAUUUUUUGAAUCGUGUUGAUAAUGCCACUCAAAAAGUUCUACUACAGUCUAAAUUAUCGGAUCACUAUGGGAUGAACAUUGAAGAUAUAGAUGGAGAUUUGAAGAAGAAAAAGUCAAUGAGCAAAAGCAGAAAAGAAAAACUGAAACACAAGAAAGAGAAAAUGAAACAAAAGAAACAUGAAAGAGAUAUUGAUAACAAAGAAACAGAAUUUUUAAAAGAUGAUAUACAGUUUGGUGAAGUAGUUUCUGCACCCCCAAUAUUGACAUCUAAACCAAGAAAGGCAGUAAAGGACGAACAGUUUUCUAAGCCUGGAAAAAGAUCACUUCUUCUAAAAGAAAUAAUUUUAGCAAAUUCUGCUUCUAGUCCAAAUAGUAGCUUACGUUCAAGUAAUAGAGAGAUAGGACAAACUACUAAAAGGAAAAAUCUUUCCAUGGCUAAACAACAAGUAAUGGAUGCUGAAAGACAGAAAGCUAUUGAUUUGUAUAGAUUGAUGAAAAAUAAGACAGUAAAAGUCUCGUAACUUA